GGGUGAUCUGCGAUGAGGGAACAAUUGCUUUCAGACCGUGAGGCAGUCAAGGGAAGAACACCAGUUGCUCCAGAAAGAGAUAAGCCUACUGUAGAGACAAUACCAUGCCUGAAUCAGCUGAUGCCGUGGCGGCUAACAUGAAAAGCCGCAGAAAUGUCACCAUCGAGAUCACGAAUCUCACCCAAGCAUACUGCCUGAUCGACCCCAAGGUGUUCUUGGAGAGUGGCAAAACCCAUAGCCCCCCCCAGCCCACGGUUCGCCCACUGAAGACCGAGGUCUGCAACUUCACCAAGGAAGGGGGGGCGGCCUGCGGCGCCGUGGGCGUGAUGACCUACGACCUGUACCACCGCGACCACAGGGACUCCGGCGAGAAGGUGGCCGUCAUGUUCUCUGUGCCCUACGACAACAACAUGUACAAGAACUGGUUCGCCUUGGGCGUGUACCCUAAGGCCACGGAGUGCGACGAGAAGCUGUACAAGGAGAUGUACUACGACAAGGAGCAGAAGGGCUUCGUCCGCGCAGAAUGCAACGGUACGGGGAUCACCUUCAGCGGCCGUAACCUCGACGUCAAGGCCACCAUGUCGCCGCUGGGCCGCGCCAUCAUGAAGAUCGAGGUGUGGGACAAGCUGUUCAGUUAGAGUGGGGGUCGCACACGUGCGCAGUCGUUUACCAAAAGAGGCCGGGUUGUGUUGGAAGUCGAGUACCGUGCGGUGCGCACCUGACGUUGUGAUGUUAUGUACGUAUUGUACCACAUGAUAAUACACACAAGCAAUGAAUAAAAUUCUUUCA